GCAGGUAACCAGCGCGGGCAGAGCGAGUCCGCAGAAAAGAGAGCCAAAGUCAGUCCCGGAGGUCGUCCCAAGGGGGAGAACGAGAUGGAGUUCACGAGACGAUGCCUCAGCCUGAUCUCGGUCGGGAUAUUAUGGAGCUGCGCGUUGGGUCUCCAGCGGCCACCACCGAGAUACUCCCAGCAGUAUAUGCCGGAGACCUCGUUCAAUUGUCGCAACAAGAUCGUCGGCAGCUAUUACGCGGAUCCUGAGACCGACUGCCAAGUCUUCCACGUCUGCGUCUCCGUAGCAGGCUCUAUCCAGGAUUACAAGUUCCUCUGCCCCAACGACACCGCCUUCGACCAGGAGAGCCAGACCUGCGCGGACUGGUACGACGUGGACUGCGAGGCGGCGACCCUCUACUACGCCAGCGACAACUUCGAUCUCUACAGAAUCGGCUCGGGCCUGGAGUCCGUUCAUUACGACAGCCUGCGCAGCGACGCGGAGCCGCAAGACCACUUGCAGCGCAGCGAGACCAGCGACGCGGUGCGUUCUUCGGCGAACGCGGUCAACUCCCGGGUCUCCUCGUCGGGCUACAAUCGCGACUUACUGCGCGGCAGCAGCAGCAGCAACUUCUACAACAGGAACGGCGGCAAGGAGGACGAUUACGAGAACGACAGGGCGUUCAACAAGGAGGAGGCUCAAGACACGAAGAAGAAGGGCGGCGUGAGGAAGGUCAGCAGGAAGCAACCGUACAACGCGAACUACCCGCCGUCCAGCAGCACGUCCGUCCCUCCGCUCGCUGCUCAGAAUGGUUACAACGGCAACUACUACAACGGCAACGCGUAUAAUCAGCCGCAGCAACGACAGUCCACGACGACGUACGUCUCGUCGAGCAGCGUGCGGCCGCCUCAGGAGAGCUACAACAGGAAUCAGAACGGCCAGAGGUACAACGCGCCGUCCUCCACGUAUCGGCCCAGCACGACGUACAACCAGGACGCGUAUAACAACUACCAGUCGGCCGGCAGCAGCACCACCACCGGCCGCACCACCGCCUAUAACAACGCGUACAACGCGAAUUACAAUCAGCAGAACACCGGCGGCUCAAGCUUCGCUCAACCCACGAGCCCGAAGCCGAGCAGCUACAGUCAGAAAACCAACUACCAGACCGGCUACGGCCAGUCCACGACCGUCCAGCCGAGCACCAACUACCAGAACACCGAUUACACCAAUUACCAGCAGAGGAGCUACAGCAACAUCCAGCGCGGCACCAGCGGCAACGUCCCUCACCAGCCCACCACAUCCGCUUCUACCGUCUACGAUAGCUACGGUAACAACAACAAUAAUCACUACAGAUCAGCCGCGUCCAGCAGGCAGGAGCAGACCACCGCGAAAUACUUGGCGAGCUACGCGCCUACGACGUACAGCCCGGCGACGAAGAAGUACGCGAACGGGGACAGCGCCGUCGCGCAGACCGCCCUCAGGAACAACGACAAUCAAUAUUACGAAAAAACGAGCCAGUCGGUGAAACCAUCGACGCAGUAUUAUGACAGCACGAAGACGCCCAAGAAGGCGACGCAGUACAGCAAUUACGAGGGCGGCGCGAACGCCGGCAAAUCGUAUUACAUCGAGACCAGUACCGGCAGCUUCGACAUCGCGAGGUCCUCCGUCGGGAUCGGCUUCAGUCCUGCGAGCAUCAAUCAUCUCGCCGAAUCACCGAGGACGACCACGCCGGUACCAAGGCGAGCCUCCAGCGCAACCACCUACAACCCGAACACCUUCAGUUCCAGCGCUCAAAGGAUCGGCCAGCCAACGACGACGGCACGGGGCGUCACCUACGUCAGUGGGUCCGCGAGGCCGUUCUCGUCGACCACUAGGUUACCCAGCAGCAACGGCAGCAACGGCGGCAGCAGCACGACACCGCGACCGAAGUCAGGCAAGAAGAACGAUUAUGAUUACGCAUACUACGAUAACGCGGGCGGCUUGGAAUACGACGGGGUCGACCUCGAGCACGUCACCAGCAACAAGGAAUCCACGAAGAUCGCGAGGAAUUAGAGAUUCUCGUAAUAAUAAUAAUAAUAAUAAUAAUAAUAAUAUAUACAUGU